GAAAAGACACGGACAGAGGAGCUGCUUGUGGAUUUUAUUGAGAGUCUUGCACUGAACCAGUCGGAGUUAUGUACUGUGCUCAUCCUGCCUCUGGCACAGGCAACAACUCAUUGAUGUAUUGCUACAACAUGAAACCAGUUUAUGGGCAGUCUCCCACUAAUGACGACAUCAACCAGAACUCAUCUUUACAUCCGUCCUCCAAGGCCCACAACAAUGUGUUUGCAAGCACAUUCUUUGAGGGGACGAGCAACUCACCCGACAUCUGGAAUGCUGUAAAUGGGCUGAACCAGCAGGGCUAUGAAGGGGCACUGGGAGCAGCAACAACCCACCACACACAGCCGGGGAACUACGGCAGCCUGCAGCCGGUGCAGCACAGUCACCUGGACUACUCUCCACACUCAGUGAUGGCUGCUGACAUGAACAGGGGUCUCCCACCAAUGUCCACCUUUCACCGCAACAAUACAGCAUCGCACACUCCGUCAAUCAACAACUCAGACAAUUCAACAGUCUCAGGGAGCAAAGGACAUGUGUCAGGAGGAUCACUGACAGGCGAUACCUUGGGCAAAGCUCUGGCCUCUAUUUAUUCCCCCGAUCACACCAGCAGCAGCUUCCCCUCCUGCUCGUCCACACCAGUAAGAUCUCCGUCCCCGAAUGCAGCUGAACCUGCAGGUACCAACAUGUGGCCCCGGAGUUCAGUUCAAGCACCACUCUCCCCACACUAUGAGUCUUCACUUAUAUCAUUGUCUCAGGUGGAGGACCGACUGGACAGACUGGACGAUGUGAUCCACGUCCUGAGGAACCACGCUGUGGGCCCCACGGCCGGCCUGCCCGCUGACAUCCACGGCCUUCUGAACCAGAACCUGCACGGCCUCCUGGGAUCUGCCAGCACUGUACCGCUCACCUGCCACACUCCAGCCAUGGUUGAAGCAGUCAAUAUGAACAACAACCACUCAGCCUUCCAGAGCCGCACACAAAAUGGCCACCCGUACCCUGCCAGACACAGGGCCACGCUUCAGCACAUGCAAAGUGGAGGAGGUAAUCUGGAGCUAAAGAUGGAGAGUGGGGAAAGGGAAGAGAUGAUGCACACCAAUCACAGUCACAGCUCUGACAGCCAGAGAUCAGAUGAGGAGAGCGAAAAUAAAACACAAGGAGAAAACAGCGGAUGUAACAGUAUCCAUGAGGAUGAAGAUCUGAGCCCGGAGCAGAAGGCCGAACGUGAGCGUGACAGGAGGAUGGCCAACAACUCCCGUGAACGUCUGCGUGUGCGGGACAUCAACGAGGCCUUUAAGGAGCUGGGUCACAUGUGUGAGCUGCACCUGAAGAGCGAGAAGCCACAGACCAAGCUGCUGGUGCUGCACCAGGCCGUGGCAGUGAUCCUCAGCCUGGAACAGCAAGUCAGAGAGAGGAACCUGAACCCAAAGGCAGCGUGUCUGCGGAGGAGAGAGGAAGAGAAGGCGUCUGCAGCCAUGACGGAUCCACAGUCCAUGCAUAUCGGUUUUCAUCCCAGUCUGACAGACGCAUCAAACCCCAUGGGCCACCUCUGAACAUCUGGUAAUAACUCCAGCAUCAAGUAGAUGCUGAGUGAAGAGCAUCCAGCUGUUUUGGACGUCCAUUCGGACCAGGUCGACCUCAGUUUGAACAAUCAUCUCCUCACAUCCCAACCGACUUCUAACUUUGUGCCUAAACUUUAUUUGUAACAGACAAAUGCAUUGUAAACUGCAGAUGUUUUGUACAUAUUUUGUAUAUUUAUUGAUUAUCUGUCUGUUUUUGAAUUUCUAAAAGGAUGUAACCCAGUAGUGACGAGUUGUCAACUGCAAUUUUAGAUUUUUGGCAGAGCCCGAUAUGUUUCUGAUUGACUUUUACAUUUUACCACGUACACUCGUGAUUUCCACCGAGCUCAGAGAACUGACAUUCCCACAUUUGUGUGUUCAGGCAACGGAUUUCAUUUGUCCUGUGUGUGUGUGUGUGUGUGUGUGUGUGUGUGUGUGUGCGUGUGUGUGUGCGUGUGUGUGUGUGUGUGUGUGUGUGUGAGAGAGAGUAUUGCAGGAGUUUGACCAUUCUGUGAAUGAACAGAUCUCCGAGAAUGUUCUUUAACACGUGGGCAUCAUCUGUUAUUUGUAUGUUUGUUACAAAUGAGUGUUAUAGCACUGUCAACAGGAUUACCCUUAAUGAUACACGGGUGGACAGAAUCCUUCUCCUUCUCAGUGUAAUUAUCGCUCUUCAGACGUAGUCGAACCUCUUUGCAUGUUUGAGUUUUUAAUAGAAGAUUCAUUUUUUUCUAAGUUAUGUAACUUAUCUUUUAUACAAAUAUUGUGAAUUUCAUGAUGUCUCUAUUUGCUUUUACAUAAGAAAACCCCUUUUUGUGCAGUUUUACUAGAUGUAGCCACAUUUCAUGCUCUGAGCAAUACAGUAUAACAGAAUCAUUGAUGUCUUGUUUGCUUAUCACACUGCUAAACAAAUAAUAAUCCAAAAUAAUCUGAAAUACUCCUAUCAUAACAUGUACAGUAUGUGUACAGUUUGAAGUAGCCUACAGGCAUGUGUCAAAUGAUAA